AUGUUUCUUCCUCAGCGGCCAACGCAAUUGAUCAACGGCUUUCCUCCAAGAUUCAAACUUUUCAACACUAGCCAAACUCACCAACCCAAUCCACUCUCUUCUCUAUUGGACCUCUGCAACAACCCACAACAUCUCCAGCAAAUCCAUGCCAGGUUCAUCCUCCAUGGCCUCCACCAGAACCAACCACUCUCUUCCAAACUCAUCGACACCUACGCCAAUCUUGGCCACUUCACUAUCUCACAACAAGUCUUCAGCUCUGUCACCUGCCCAAACACACCACUGUACAACAGAUUUCUUAGAAAUCUAUUCAAGUUUGGUGAAUUUGAGAAGACCCUUUUGGUAUACCAAGAAAUGUUCUUGAAAUCGAUGUACCCAGAUGAAUAUACAUAUCCUUUUGUCUUGAGGUCUUGUUCUCAGCUCUCAUAUGCGGAAAUUGGGAAAAUAAUUCAUGGGCAUGUUGUGAAAUUGGGAUUUGAUUCAUAUGAUAUAGUGGGUAGAGCAUUGGCAGAGAUGUAUAGAGAGAUUGGUAACCAUGGAAAGCUGAUUGAGGAAAGACCCAUCAAUUGGAAUUCUUUGAUUUUCGAGGCAUGUCGAAGUGGUGAUCCAGAGGAGGGAUUUCAGAUUUUUAAGAGAAUGAGAAUGGAGAGACUCGAACCAGACUCGGUGUGUGUAAUAAAUCUGUUGAGAGCAAGUGUUGAUUUGAACUUUUUGAAAUUGGGACGAUCUGUUCACAGUUUAAUAAUUGUGUGCAACUUGUUUGAUGAUUUGGCUGUGAAUACUGCACUUUUGACCAUGUAUACUAAGUUGGGUUGUUUGGAAGAUGCAACUUUGUUAUUUGAGAAAAUGUCUGAGAGGGACUGUGUUGUAUGGAAUUUGAUGAUUUCAGCCUAUUCUCGAAAUGGGUAUCCAGAAAAAUCCCUAGAACUCUUAAUGCGGUUGGUGAGGUCAGGGAUUAGAGCUGAUUUGUUCACUGCAAUUGCUGCUAUUUCGUCUAUUGCAGAUUUGAAGUCCCUUUGUCAGGGCAAACAAAUACAUGCUCAUGUGAUCAGGAAUGGUUCGGAUUAUCAGGUAUCCGUUCAUAAUUCCCUUAUUGACAUGUACUGCAAAUGUGAUUGCUUAAACGCUGCUCGGAAGAUUUUUGACUUGGUGAGAGAGAAGACGGUGGUUUCAUGGAGCUCAAUGAUCAAAGGUUAUGUAAGUCAUGAACUAUUUUAUGAUGCCCUGUCUCUCUUCACCAAUAUGAAAUUGGAUGGAUAUAAAGUUGAUUCCAUAACAGUGAUUAACAUCUUGCCUGCUUGUGUGAACAUAGGGGCACUCGAACAAGUAAAACACCUUCAUGGAUUUUCAAUUAAAUGCGGUUUAAAUUCAAUAUUAUCUGUGAACACGGCUCUUCUCAUAAGCUAUGCGAAAUGUGGGUGCAUAGAGAUGGCACGGAGGCUUUUUGACGAUGAGGAUAUAGAUAGCAAGGAUAUGAUAAUAUGGAACUCUAUGAUCAGUGCUUAUUCGAAACAUGGAGAUAGUUUACAAUGUUUUGAGUUGUAUGACCAAAUGAAACAAUCAAAAUUGAAACCUGAUCAAGUAACCUUUCUUGGCUUAUUGACAGCUUGUGUUAAUUCAGGUUCUGUUAAAGAAGGGUGGGAGUAUUAUAAGGAGAUGACUGAAACCUAUUGUUGCCAGCCGAGGCAAGAACAUUAUGCAUGUAUGGUAGACCUUCUAGGGCGUGCUGGUCAGAUUAGGGAAGCCUCAGAGCUUAUCAACUCAAUGCCCUUCAAACCAGAUGCUCGAGUCUGGGGGCCAUUGUUAAGUGCUUGUAAGAUGCACUCGCAGACGAGGCUAGCUGAGUUUGCAGCAGAGAAGUUAAUAACUAUGGAACCAAAAAAUGCUGGAAAUUAUGUCUUGCUCUCCAACAUAUACGCUGCUGCUGGAAAAUGGGAGGGAGUGGCCAAAAUGAGGAUUUUUCUCAGAGAUAAGGGGUUGAAGAAGACCCCUGGCUGUAGCUGGCUAGAGAUAAAUGGGCAGGUUCAUGAAUUUCGUGUCGCUGAUCGAUCUCAUCCAAAAACAGAUGUUAUUUAUACCAUCUUACAAAAUCUAGAGUUUGAAAUCAAGGAGAUUAGGUCCAAAUACUGAAGCAUAAAGAUUCCUUCAAAAUGCUUAUAGCCAUGUAUGGACACGAAAAUUCUGACGCAUACAGCAGGGAAAGAAACAAUGAGGCCUCCCAAACGGCUUAAAGCAAUUACAAGAGGCAACAAUUUCGAUAUAAGAUUUGCAUCAUACUUCAUUCAGCAUAAAUUUACACCUACUUCAUUCAGCAUAAGAUUUAUUGGUGCACUCCGGCUGUUUACAGAUGUCGUGCUUUCUUAGCUGUUUAACAGAAAUCCAGUGGCUGCACAAAGACCAUUUCUCUAGACAUAUUUAAAGGGUACUGAAAGGAGACCAUCAGAGAGCAAGAGAUGGGAUCUAUUUGAAAUCACAGCAUAGUUCAUCCUGUGUUGUAUAUAUUGCUGUGUUGCUCUGGGCAAGUGGGUUCCAACUGGAAUUUGAAUCACCACAAAGGGAACGUUUGCAAGUGUGUAAAACUGGCGCUCUGGCCCUCUUCUUGGUGGUAUCAGUGUGUGAUGCUGCAAGUUCCUUGUGUAGAUGCAUUCGGCAUUAGAACUUUGACAGCAAUUUCAGAUUUCAGUAGUUUUUCCUCUGAUACUCCUCUGCUGUGAUUUCUAAAUCCCGACUUUGCUGGAUGGAAUUAGGAAUACAGGAUGAGAAUGGCGAUGACAAGGAUGUAUUUUAAUUUUAUUUUUUCAAUUUAAUAUCAUUUUAAUACCCUGUACAUAAGGUUCACUCCUCUCAUGUUCCAGCAGUUCCAGAAAUGGUUUCAGAGCCCUCCACCAGGCAUAUCACAUAAUCUCGGUUUGGUUUCAGAGCCUUUCUUUUUAUGUCCACAAUUUUUUUAUUUCUUAGUUCCUCUGGACCAACACUUGACCACAAUUUUAUUUAUUUUUUUCUUGCUUCUCCAAUCUACACAUGCACAGUUAAAUCAAUGAAUCCAGAAGAUCU